AUGGCAAAUAAUUCUGGGGCGAAUGGCUACAACGAUAGUAACCGCGCCUUUCUCCAAGCGUUCAUGGCCCGGUCGACCAUGACGUUUGAAGAAGCCAGACCAGUUCUGGCAGCGAUCUUUUCGGCGCACGAGGGCCAACCUGUCUCCCCUGAUGAUGUAUCGCAAGAAGAUCUCGACUCCUAUAUCAAUGCUGCCAACGCCGCAAUUUCUCCGUUCGACCUGGAAAUCAGGAGCACGCUACGUCAGUUGCAGAUCGAUCAACACGUAAACGGAACCACGCAAGCUGAACGAGUAUAUGCUCUUGUGAAUACCACCAGUGAUGCUCUCAUGCAAUUAGCCACCACCUACUCGGCAGACGAGAUUGCCUUCAUCAAGCGUGUUCUUGACGCGAUCUUCGAUACUUACAAUACCCGACGAUGUGAGGCCAUGGUAGUCAGUGGUAUACAGGCCAUGCAGCUUGCUAAGGCUUCAUCGGAUUCAAGCCGACAGGAGACCCAGGCCGCCACACAGCAAAUUCAGGGAGGAGCAGCGCAGUCUUUGACCAUGUCGCAGGCGGAGACGGUCUUGAAGCAGCUGGUGGAGGAAGGCUGGCUUGAGAAGAGCCGGAAGGGAUACUACAGUUUGAGUCCGCGGGGCCUGAUGGAGCUGCGUGGCUGGCUUAUUGCUACGUACAAUGAGAACGACGAAGGGCGGAGAGUGGAUAAGAUCAAGUUCUGCGCAGCAUGCAAGGAUAUUAUCACGGUGGGUCAACGUUGCGCCAACCGUGACUGCUCGGGCCGGCUUCACGAUAUAUGCACUCGCAAUUUCUUCCGUAUGCGUCAGGCUGAACAGUGUCCUGUGUGCAAGGCUCCUUGGCCCGGUGACAAAUUCGUUGGCGAAAGAGCCAUUACUACUACGGAAGCAUACAUGCAAGGCCGAAGAAGGAGUACUAACACCCGGCGCGAAAGUGGUAUCGGCACUAGCACACAAGUCGCAAGCCAGGUUACUAAUCAAGACAAUGAGAGUGACUGA